CUGUCCAAGCUAGAGAAGAGCGGAGGCUGCGAGAGACGCGGAGAGAGCGAUCGAGGAAGUCAUGGCGGCUUUGCAGGACUCGGGAUCCAAAGAUCCUGCGGCGAAGCGAGCAGGAAGGGGAGUGGGAGGUGAACCGAAGCAAAAGCGAGCAAGAUCCAUCGUGGUCGACACCGGCGGCGGCGGAGGGUCCUCUGCUCCUGCAACAGCGCCGGCGUCAGAGUCGCGCGCUCACCCAGGGAGCGCUGCGGCGUCGUUGGUGGACGCCGACGCCCUCGACUGCGUCGUGUGUUAUCUCCCACUGAAGCCCCCCAUCUUCCAGUGCGACGUGGGGCACGCGGUCUGUUCACGAUGCCGUGACAAGCUCCAGGCCACGGGCAAGUGCCCUGUGUGUAGAGCCGUCGCCGGCAGAUACCGCCGGUGCCAUGUCAUGGAGCAACUGGUGGAGUCCAUCCGCGUCCCAUGCGCAUAUGCUGCCCAUGGCUGUGCCUUGAGGCUGGUCUACUAUGAUCAAGAAAGCCACCUCUUGGUUUGCGAGCAUGCACCAUGCCACUGCCCUGGUGAGGCAUGCAGCUUUGUAGGCUCCAUGGCUGCGCUCCUGGACCAUUGCAGCACAGCGCACAAAUGGCCAUGCAUCACCACAGUCAAGCCCAAUGAUGAGGACGAAUUAACCAUCUGCCUCCAUGAUGGCUUCAAUUUCAUUCUUGCUGAUUGCUCCACAGACAACAAGAAUCAAAGUUCCACUGCCAGCAUCCAGUGCUUGCUCCUGAUGACUGUGGCGCGGCAUCCGUAUGCCCGCAUCAUCUCUGUGCACUGCAUAGACCCACACGCUGCGGGCAGCGGGGGUCAGGUAGCGACCUCAAAGGAAAUGCAAUGCCAGCUUCAAUAUUCACUGCACAAGGGCAGCUGCAGCCUCAGCGGCAAUGAUCCGGUGAUCUAUAAUUGGCAAAUCCAGGUAUCAAGGUUUAGAGUAGCCCGCACAGACCUUUCCAAUGGGCUUCCUAAACCUGACGAUUGCUUCCAGGUUGUGGUACCAAAUUCAGUUAUUGAAGACUAUGACAAGGAUGGUAUCAAGGUCAAUGUUCGUAUUAUUAUCAAGGAAUAGACCGGUGUUGGUUAGUCUUAACUAGUGCUGUAAAUUAUAGAACUUUGCUGAAUAUCUAUGCCACGGCCACCACUGGUUUAGUUUCUGCCGUUCUGGACGUGUAUGCUCUGCAAGGGUCGAUCCCAGUUCAAUUAACAUGGCAAAUGAUUAAAGUGUAUGCUCUGCAUGUGGAGUUGUUGAUUUUUCUAAUAACACUGCUUGCAUCACCUACUUUUGAAUGGCAGCUGCUGUACCUGGUAUACUGGGCAA